UCUGCAUGUCACGUGACCUCAGUAGUUGAUCACAUGAUGACCAGAGGAAAACAGGAAGUAUUUUCACAAGCUGUUUUUGAAGAGGCCAAAAUGGCAUCGGCCGUGGAGAGAACAGAUGAGCUGGUCAGGGAAUACCUUGUAUAUCGUGGGUUUACGAGCACACUUAAACAUCUUGACUCUGAAAUAAAAUCCGACAAAGAAAAAGGAUUCCGUGUUGACAAGAUCAUUGAGCAGCUGCAGCUCUUCAUCCCAAACGGUGACUUGACUGGGCUGAAGGACUACUGGGGCUACCUUGAUCGACGUCUCUUUUGUCGUCUAGAGGACGUUUACAGACCUACUGUCAGCAAACUCAGAACCAGUCUCUUCCGAUAUUACCUUGUCUGCACUGUUCAGAAUAAGAACCUUGAGAAAACUCAGGAGUUCUUUCAGAAGCAGGCUCAAGAGCUGCAGGGCCAGGCUGAGUGGCGCGAAUGGUUCAUCCUGCCCUUCAUCCCCUCCCCUGAGCAGAAUCCCGUCUUCGCCCCUUACUUCUCCCGCCAGUGGGCAGACACAUUUCUUGUCUCACUCCACAAUUUUCUCAGUGUGCUCUUCCAGUGCAUGCCCCUUCCAGUGCUUCUAAGUUUUGAUGCAGAGAUGCAAAGGAUAACCAGUUUCCAAGAAGAGACUGAAACGCUUCGACAAAUUUUAUUUGCGCUACAAGGAGAAUCUCAGCAGAAGAAGAACGAAGACAUUGUUCAUCACAGGCUUCCGGCCUACGUUCAACACAUGGACCGUCUUGGAGACACUGAGCUAGACCUGGUGUCCAGCCAGCGUCCAGCCAACCUUACCACCCCCUCGCGCAAUUUCUUCUCCACGUUCCUCCCCCAAGGAAAACGGGCACCUGCCAAGACACCUCAAGCUUCUGGGUCCUCGCCAACACAGUCCUCCAUGGGGAGAAAGGACACAGCAGCCAAUCAUGUGGUGAAAUGUAAAGACCCCACCCCAGCCCGGGAGUCUAAGCAGGUGUUUAUUACAGGGGUUACGGUCGAGUCAUCAACAGGCACAUCCAGACAAAGGAGACAGCAGGAUCACGAGAAAGAGAGGAAAGAGCUCUUCUCCAAGCCCAUCCAGCAGAAUGUUGAAAGAAAAGGAGAGAGCUCUGACUCAGAGACCCAUACAGAGGUGACGAGUGAUCCGACAGACUCUCCAACGAAUCCGGCGCGAGGGAGUGCGGACAUUGGCGGAGGCCUGGAGCAGCCAUUCAUAAAGCUCAGUCAGGAGGAGUAUGGCGAGCAUCACUCUUCAAUCAUGCACUGCAGGGUGGAUAGCUCGGGGAGAAGAGUGGCGAGUUUGGACGUUGACGGCGUCAUUAAAGUCUGGUCCUUCAAUCCCAUAAUGCAGACUAAGGCCACCAUCAUGUCCAAGUCACCCCUUCUGUCACUGGAAUGGGCUACCAAGCCAGACAGAUUGUUGCUGUUAGGAAGUGGAGUGGGUACAGUACGCCUGUAUGACACAGAUGCCAAGAAGAACCUGUAUGAGAUGGCCAUCGAUGAGGCUCACCCACGGAUCUUGUCACUUGCCUAUAGCCCGAGUGGCACGUCGUUUGUGUGUUCAGCUGCAGCUCAUGCUCGCACAGGCAGCGUCUCUGAGGCUGUCUCUCGUGUCGCACUUCCUGUCUCCGGAAAGCUCCUCCUCUGGGACACCAAGACCAUUAAACAGCAGCUUCAGUUUUCUCUGGAACCUGGGCCAGUAGCCAUUAACUGCACAGCCUUCAACCAUAAUGGAAACCUACUGGUCACGGGAGCUGCUGAUGGAGUUAUUCGGCUUUUUGACAUGCAGCGGUAUGAGAGUGCAAUGAGCUGGAAAGCUCAUGACGGAGAGGUGUACAGCGUGGAGUUCAGCUACGACGAGAACACCGUGUUUAGCAUUGGAGAGGAUGGCAAGUUUAUCCAGUGGAAUAUCCACCGCAGUGGAGUGAAGCAGUCGGAGUACUCUCUACCUCAGGAUGCUACGGGGCCUUUUGUUCUGUCGGGGUACAGCGGGUACAAACAGGUUCAGGUGCCCCGCGGCCGGCUCUUUGCCUUCGACUCAGAAGGGCAACAUGUGCUUACCUGUUCCAGCAAUGGAGGUCUCAUCUACAGGCUAAAUAAGGGGGAGACGGGGCUAGAGAGCGUCCUGCCCCUGGGAGGCCACAAAGCCCCGGUGGUGACGGUGGACUGGUGCUCUGCUGUGGACUGUGGCACCUGCCUCACCGCCUCCAUGGAUGGCAAGAUUAAACUGAGUACUCUCUUGGCCCAAAAGUCCUGAUUGGAUGACCCGCGUCCGAUUACAAUCCCUGACUCGUAGUGUUGCGUGCUGGCAGCAGUUGAUGACAGAUGUAGAUCACACUCACUGUUGUCUGAUCACCAAACUCUCUUAAAAACAGCGUUUUAUCAGUACUGUCUACACUGUGCUAUCUGCAGUGGCACCAAUUAUGGUGGUAUUCCAUACCAGGAAGUAUUAAAUCAGAAAUAUAAUUG